AUGACCGUCAAAGCAGCAACUCACUCCAAGAUCCCCUGGAUCGAAACCCCGCUCAUCAAGUCGGCGACCCUGAGCGCCGCCGCCGGAUGCAACGUCUUCCUCAAACUUGAGAACCUCCAGCCGUCGGGAUCCUUCAAGUCCCGCGGCAUAGGCAACUAUCUCGUCUCGCAACUCGCCGCUGUUCAGGCUGCCGACACGCGCUCCGCCAGAAAGCCGCACUUUUACUGCUCAUCCGGCGGCAACGCUGGUCUCGCCUGUGUCCAUGGCGCCAUCACCCUGGGCUGCGAGGCGACCAUUGUCGUCCCCCUCAGCACGACGCCGUACAUGGUGGGCAAGCUGCGAGAGGCCGGCGCCACAGAGGUCAUCCAACAGGGCGCCUCGUGGCAAGAGGCGGACAAGUACCUGACCGAGACCCUGAUGCCGGACGCGACGGCGCGAGGCGAGGCGGCCAUCUACGUCCCGCCCUUUGACGCGCAGCAGGUCUGGGACGGAAACGCAGGCAUUACCAAGGAGAUUGUGAGGCAGUUACCCGCCACGGAGAGGCACUAUCCCAUCAAUGGGGCUGCUGGUGACGGGAAUGCAAACCCGGCCACGAGUGUGCCAAAAAUCGACGCGAUUGUGUGCAGUGUCGGCGGGGGCGGGUUGUUUGCCGGCAUCGUGCAGGGGAUCGACGAGUUGGGGCUGAAGCAGACGACGGUCGUUGCGGUCGAGACUGAGGGCGCCGACUCGUUGGCGCAAGCAAUCGCCAGGGGGGAGCUGGUUACCCUGCCGGCAAUCACGAGCCGAGCGACGAGCUUGGGCGCGAGACGAGUCUGCCAGCGGGCAUUUGAGUAUGGCAUGAGAGACGCGGUGACCAGUGUUGUCCUGCCGGACUCAGAGGCCAUCGGUGCGUGUAGGAGGUUCCUAGAUGAGGAGCGUCUGCUGGUCGAGCUGGCUUGUGGCGUGUGCCCUGCGCUCUGCUACAACGGACAGCUGGAGAAGUUGGUUCCGGGGUUCAAUGAGAGUAGUGUAGUUGUGUUGGUUGUGUGUGGGGGGAGCAACAUGACGUUGGAGAUGAUGGAUCAAUACGCGGGCGAGCAGGCGAAAUAA